AUGUUGACAUUUGUCAUUUUCACAUAGAGGUUAGUUAGUCUUUAGUAAGUAAUCAGAGCUGAGGUAGUGAAUUGUGGCUAAUUUUAUGUUCUCUUAGAAACAUUUAAAAACCGUUCCAAUUAUUUUUAAUUCAUUCAAAAUGAAUUUUAUAAAACAAGCUGUGAUAAUUUUUAUCUUAAUAAUAACUACCAAUUGCCAAUCAUUGAAUAAUGUAGAUGCAGAUAAAGUAAAGGACGCUAUAGAAAAAGGCCUAGGAGAUUUCAAUGUAAAUCUUCCUGAUGAGGUAGAUUUAAACAGCACCAAUUUACCAAAUGCCGAAGAUAUAGAAAAAAUCCUAAAAGAAAAAUGUGAAAAGAAUGGGGCGCCUAAUGCAGUGGAUUUAAUAAAAGAAGAACAACAAAAUAUACAAAGUUGUCUUGAAAGUUACGUCAACGUGACUAUAGUUGAAGAAGAACUUGAGAAUGCAAAGAAAAAUGGGUCGAUGGACGAAGUAUUUGCCAAGUAUUGUAAGAAGUGGCCGGACAUACUUGCAUGUUUAGAUAACACUACAGCUAUUGCAAGAACUUGCAUGGAUGAAAGAGAAGAAGAUGCUUUCAAUAAAACUCUAAACAUCGUAAAUGAUUUACAAAAUUUCAUGUGUUUCAAAGAUGGAGAUCGAUUAGCUAUGUUUGUUGCCGAAGGAGGCGUAGAAUGUAUUCAAAACAGAAAAGAUGGCAUCCAUGACUGCUUAGAUAAAACUGUGGGUUCCAGAUUGCCCAAUCCUGAUGAUAUAUCUAUUACAUCUUUACCUAUUAUACUUUUUAGUGAAAAAGAUUGUGGCGAUUUUGAGACCAUUAGAGCAUGCAUCAACAACGAAUUAGAACAAUGCAAAGAAAGCACACCAGCAAACAUAGUUGAUGCUUUUUUCAAAUUUUUGAAAAAGCAACUUCCUUGUCAAGGUAUAAAAACUGGAUCUUCUCAAGUAAGCGGAUCAUGGUCGAUAUUUAGUAACUCGCUACUUGUUUUUGUGGCACUUAUAUAUGUCAGGUUAUAUUAAAUUGUGGUUCAUCUUUGUGAUCCAUAGUCUUGAUAUUAAAUUUAUUAUCUUAACAACCAAAUAUCAUACAUACACAGGUUCAAGGCAUACAAGUUAAAAGAUAUUAAAAACCAAUAUUUAUAUAGCGAGAGCUGGUUGCAAAAAACUUGACUUUUCGAAUUACAAGAUGAAGUUUUUUGAAAUUUAGUAAAAAUGACACAUAAAAUUUUUUCUAGUAUAAAAUUUUUUUUAUAUAUGGAACUGUACCUAUUGAGUAUAAACUUUUCUUACAUUAGUAUUUUAUGAAGCAUAAUUAUUGUCAUUAUUUUUGUUGUGAUUAUGUCAUUAUGAUAAUAAAUUAGAACAAAGGCAGAAGAUACACAACUAGUUAUAGGAAAAAAGAAAAGGAACUUUUUUAGGGGAAUGAAAACAAAUAAAAUAACUAACCAACCACUGAAGAAUCCAUACAAAUACUCAUCCAUUACAAGAUACUAGAAAGCUCAAAGAGUGAGUUUUACUUAAAAGAUGUCGUUCGAAGUAUCAUCGAAAAAGGUUUAGGAGGUACAAGAAUAAUAGGGAGGCCAAACAAAAAAAUACAGCAUAGAUACGCAACGACUCACUUGAAACUAAGUUUUAAUAUCAUCUUUGAGUGGUUACUCGAUUGAUACAAAAAAUUUUAUGUACUAUUUUUAUCUGGGUACUGAAUGAUUUUUUCCAAAGUUACAAUGACUCCCAGUAACUCCAUUUUUUUGCAGCCUGCUCUAAACCUACAGCCAAAAAACCUCAUUAAGUUAACACAGAUAAUUUAUUUAAGUAACUUUAUGUACAGUAUACUAUACCUUAAGUAUUUUUAUUAAGCAAACAGUGCUUCGGCUUAUUAUUUAAUAUCAUUUUUUCUUUCUAUAUAUUUUGAAUGCAGGUCUGAAAGUGAAUUGAUUGCAAUGAGGGCUACACCUCACUGGCGAAUGAGCUCUUAAAGUAAACCUUGCAAAAAUUUGAUUACUCGACUUCCUGAUAAAGAACGUAUUUUUAAAAUUAAUUUUAUCAUUCAAGUGUUCCAAUUUAAAUGAAUUUUUUCUUGAAAUAAAAUAAUUUCUUAGUAAAUGAAAGUGUAAUGGAAGAAAAUAUCGAGUUUGUCAUUAUAAAGAUUAUGUACAAAAGCCAACAUACUGUGACAGCUGGAGACCUCACUCUACUCCAGAAAAUUCACAAAGUAGCCCUCAAUACUUUUCUUAACGUAAACUUAAUUUUAUCAGAAAUUUUUUGGUUUUUAAUCUAACUUUUGUAUCUUUGAUGGUCGACUUAAAUACCAGUUAUGAAAUAAAUAUAGUGGUCAUAUAAAAUUAGAUAGAUAAGCAAUUUACAAAUAAGUUUCAAUGGGUAUGGGUAAAUUCGGGGUUGAUGGUUUUUUUUUAGCUCAACUGAACUCUAUGUAAAGUAUUCAGUCAGAGAUACAACAUUAACGUGUUUUUAAGUUAGAAUCAAUAGACUCCUCUUACCAAUUAUUUUAGAAUGGUUUUAAGCUCAUCUUGAAAUAUAUAUUUAGCUGUUACUCAAAUAGGAAAGAUAAAAAAAUAUAAACUAACGUUGGAUAAUUCAAACAGAACUUACCAACUCUUGUUUUUAUUUUUGAAUACUCAUACUGGAUACUACAUGCAGAACAUGUUUUUAUGGCUAAUUUAUAAUUUACUACAUAUUUACUUCAUUUUAGUGUAAAUUAAUACCACAGAAACUUUGUGAUAAUGGUCAAUUUGUAUAUAUUCUUGGUGUUAAUACUAUUUACUUUUUUAAUAAAUGAAUUUAUUUUA